CUAGGCGUCCGGGAUCACAAGCCAUAUAUUGGCCGUGUUCAAGCUAGGUACCGUAUUUCUACAGCUUAUCAUGCAAGGCCUGGUGAGCUUAAGUGUUGGUGCUCUAUCCAUACUAACAUGGCUAUCCAAAUAAUUAAGACGCGUUUCACACUUAAACGCGCCUCAAACUAUACUCGGUCAUCUUAAAAGUGUCCAGCUAAAUGAUCUGGCAGGGCAUACAUCAUCUUCUCGAGAUGCCAAAUAGUCAUAAUGGAGGGUCGGCAAUCGUUGAGCGCUAUUGAUCUUCAGCGUCUUACCUAUCGUCGCGUGAGGGUCAAAGAUAAUACAUUAGAUGAUAACCUCUUACCUUCGCGACCUCUAUCCAAGCGCAAGUAUUUCAUCCUACAGACACCACCCACCACCAAUAUCGGCCUUCUCUCCGUUUUGCCUCUCGAGAUCCUUCACGAAGUUAUAUCGCAACUAGACAUACUCUCUCUCUCUCACUUCCGGCGCCUUAACAGACAAGCUUUCGAGCUCAUUGGGUCUCAUCCUGCGUAUAGGGUGAUCGCCAAGUACGCGCGCAAUGCUCUAUGUGGGAUCCUGGCUGUAAAGACUGGCAAGUGGAUUACCUGCGACACCCUCUACCAGAUAUUAUGCACUUCCAAGUGUGAACAGUGCGGCGACUUCGGCGGCUACCUGUACCUCAUCACCUGCAGGCGAGUUUGUUUCCUUUGUUUCACGUCGAAUCGAGCGUAUCUACCGAUGAGACUCGAUCACGCCAGCUGGAAAUUCGGACUACACCACCGUGUCAUCAAAGACCUGCCCUGCGUGAAAAUCGUAUACGGGCGAUAUUCGCCCGACCAGAGACGCCCUAUCCACAGCGUCCUUGUUGACUACGAGUCUGCUCGCGACGCGGGCAUUGCGAAGCACGGGUCGGUGGAGGCUAUGAAUAGUUACGUGUCGGACUUGGCUGCCCAGAAAGAUCAGGUAUUCAUAGACGCCAAGAGAAAAGCCGAGGGUGAUAGUGAUGCAGAGCUUCGAAUUACCAGGAAGCACUGCACCUGGCGAAAUAGACUGACUACUUGGGAUCUCACGGAUAGAAAAGUCGGGGAACCAUUCCGCUAUGUGGCGAUUGUCCGAGUGCCGUAUUUCGACAGAGCGUUGCGGCAACCGGAAUGGGGCUUUCAUUGCUUUGGAUGCCGCGACUUACGCCGUGAUCGACAAUUUCAUUUCCGACGCAAGUUUACUGCUGCUUCGUUUCAGGAACAUCUGGACCGGUGCGGAGAUAUCGUGGGUGGAGAGCAUCGCCUGGUCAAGUCUCGGAACGACAUUAUUAAUGUCUUCAGACCCUAUGGUCCUCAUUCGACCAAUCACUUUGAUGACACAUAGGAGACGCAAGCUCAUGUCGCUUUCUUGGGAAUCCGAUCGAAAUAUUUCCACUCUGUCGCUUUGACGGCUGGUAGUUCAAUGGCGGCGUGACUUAGGAAAUCACGAAACUUGGACAUCAAUCAGAUUCAGCCAUGGGAAGAUAGUUCCAUGUUCUUCCGACUCCUAGAGAUGCAGCAGCGUCGACUCAGCGGCGGAACCCGAUGAAUCAGCUCAGCUGUUCUUCUGUAACUCAACAGAGGAAUUUGAGACGGAUCUAUCCAUUCGUAGGCCACUCUCUCAGGUUCUAGUCAUGAUAUUUCAUGCGCAAUCCCACGAACUUGACAACAACCAUCCGUGGAUAGGUCGCCUAAGAGCGAAGAUUCUCAUUCCAUCUAGAUUAGAUGGUCAAUCCAGGUCGGGCAUCACGUCUAUUUGAUGCCGAUAUCUGGAAACAGUACCUCUGAGACGAAAGCGAAAUGCAGCUUAACCUAGCAGGUUUGCGCGAGAUGCGCCCCUUCUAGUCUCUGGGCUCGACGAAAA